UACAAUUGAAGAAAAGAAAGCGAAUUUUUCGGUAGCUCUUAUGACCAUGUUCGACACGGAGAGGUUCAUCGAAGAGAUAGAGAGACGGCCGGCGAUCUACGAUGUGAAUCGCGGCGAGUACAACGACCGUAACGCCAAGAUGACCGCGUGGGACGAGGUCUGCCAGGUGAUGGUACCGAAUUGGGCGCGCUUGACGGACGAGGAGAGAAACGUGCAAGAGAAAAAUUUACGCGGAAAAUGGAGGAAUAUACGGGAUUAUUUUAUGAAAGAGCUGAAACUUCAGAGAUCGCAUAACUUUGGGCCUGCCGGACGAAAACGGAAGAAAUACAUGUACUUCGACCGAUUGUUAUUCCUCAUGCCAACAGUGGAGAACAAGAGAGUUCCUUCGAGCCUCAACCUUCCUUGCAAAUCGGAGGAAAGCGAGGGUGAAAUGGACAAUCCUGUGAUCGAGGAGUAUGAUCCUCUUACACACGGCAGUGCUUCUGUAACAGGUACCUCUAUAAGUAGCCGGGAGUACCUUCAGACGGGUACACCUUCGUACAAGGUGUGCCCGCGUUAUUCGAAACAGUUGUGCGAGACAUCCUUCACGCCCUUCGACAACGAGAUACACGACAUCCUCUCCUCGCACAGCAAUCAGCGUGUUACCCUCGACGAGGAGGACUAUGACAAGAUGUUUCUCCUCUCGCUGCUGCCAAUCAUCAGACAGGUGCCAGAGGAGAAGAAGCUAGAUGUUAGGAUACAGAUGCAGCAAGUUUUGGCCAUGGCGCUCCGUCCGUCUGAUGAUAAAUGA